UCGGAGUUGCCAGCGGUCGUCCUCGACAAAUCAUCGUGGAAGCUCAAUUCGUCGAAAGCUCGGUGGGAAGGACAGCUCGCUCUCGUUCGACUCUCGACUGCAGGCUCACUGACUUUGCUUUAGCAGAGCCACUUUCACUCGUAGUUCUGCAGCGCAUAGGCAUCGCCUUUGUCUGCAGAUCGCAGCUUUGCAUUUGACUUGAUUCGAGUGAAAGUUUGUGCCGACAGUGUGUCAUAGCGAUUUGAGAAGAAGAGCCGCAGACAGUGCGACAAACAUGCAGCUGCGACUGAGCGUCCUGGCGUUGAGCCUCUGCUUGUGCUUGGCCUUGAUGGUGCAAACCGAGGCUCAGCUCAACUUUUCUACCGGUUGGGGCAAGAGGAACCGAGCGCCGCAAGUCGCCAAUCAAGAAACCGUCGUCGAAUCUCAAGAUCGUCACCCCUUCAGGCUUCAGCAGCCUGACCUCGAUCUCCUCCUGCGCUACUACCGCAAACUCAAGCAGAUUGAAGCCCAGCGACGUGCAAACUCUGCAUAGCUAUUGGUUGCGAAGAGAGAAGGAUCCAUUUUAGUUCGAAAAAAGAAACAUUAUUAUUUAUAAUCUAUAUUUCAACAAAUUAAUUUUAAUAAAGUUGUAACUUUGUUCUCAAUGGUAAAAUCUAUACAAA